AUGCUCAACCACCGCCAGCAGGCCAUCGGGGCCAAGUCCCGCGCUUUCACUGCGGGCAACAAGCCGCCGGUGCCGCGGGGCCGCCGCGCCGCUGUGACGUGCCGCGCGGGCCCGCAGGACGCCGCGCGCUCGGCCGCGGCGUUCGUGGCUGCUGCGUCCCUCGUGCUG